AUGGCAGGCUACGUACUGCCACAGAUCCUCAUGACCAGCGAGCUCUCUAUGAUGCCUCCCCUGAACAACGGGGGCGUCACCGCCUGGGUUGCCCGUGCGUUCGGUGGCCGGGUCGGGGAGUGUGUUGGGCUGAACAUGCUGCUGUAUCAGAUUGUCGACCUGGCCACCUACACGACGAUCGUUACCGGCUACGCGCAGUCUGGGGGAUACGAGGUGCCCUCCUGGCUGCCGACCCUGGCGCCCUUCGUGGUCAUCCUACUGGGCCUGGCAGUGAACCUGCUGGCACUGGAUGUGGCUACGGAGUUUCUGGGUGCUUCGCUAGUUGUGGUGCUGCUUCCAUUUGCGCUGGGUGUGCCACUAGCUCUGGGUCAGGCGUCAGUGGCAUGGGCUCUGGCCACCGGUCAGCAGCCCGCUGCGAUUUCCGAAGGAGGUGGGGGGAAAGGCGACGUGAACCUCUUCCUUUCAUCCCUGGUGUGGCUCUUCACCGGCUGGGACUCCUUCGGGAACUUGGCGGAGGAUGUGGCUGAUCCCGUCCACCUCGUGAAAGGGAUGCUGUCGGCAGCCGUGAUCGCCUUGGCGGUCUAUUUUGUCUGUACCUUCGGAGCUUUGGCCGCCGGUCCCGGCACAUGGCAAGAUGGAUAUCUGGCCUUGGCCUAUGGACGGCUUUGGGCCCCGUUGGGACCAUGGAUCUGCUUCUCGGCUGCGCUCUCCAACAGCCUUAUCUACACAUCCGAGCUGGCGGUCACGAGCCGCUUUCUCCAGUCACUAGGACGGAGCUCAAGCGACUUGCCGCGGCUCCUGCCAGGUGUGCUGCAGAAGGAGAUCUCAUCAGGAGACUUCUAG